AUGUUAGAUGUGUUGCAGGUGGAUACACAUCCACCAGACCAUGUUUUUCUCCCCGAAGACAAGAUUCACUCGGCCACAGAUUCUGACAUUCCAUACUCCACAUCAAAGGUCAUCAAGGUCCCAGGCUUGGGGAACUUCAUUUUGGACUCCGCAGACUGCUCGUCCAGAAAAGAUGCUCAGCUGUUUCGCAAAAAUGUGCAAAAUCUGGCUAUGAAGCUUCAGCGGGUCGAUGCAGACAGUUUUCACCUACUCAAGUGCCACGGCGUCGCUCAUGUAAACGACCCACAGACCAAACAGCUUCGAUCACUUGACUUUGUUUUUCAUUUCCCCAAAGGUUGUCUUCAGCCUCGAAGCUUACGGAGUCAUCUUCUUUCACGGGCAACUCAUUCACUCAGUGACAGAAUCGGCCUUGCCAAGCAGCUUGCCGAAUCCAUCACCUAUAUCCACGUCCUUGACUUUGUGCACAAAAAUAUUCGCCCCGAAACUGUCUUGAUCUUUGAAAAAGGAGACACUCAUCUAGGUCCAUUAUAUCUCUUGGGAUUUAGAGCAUUUCGUUUAGUGGACAACAAAACUUUCCGAUUGGGGAACUCAGUCUGGUCUGAAAACAUCUACCAACAUCCUGAUCGACAAGGAAGCAACCCUAAUGCGGACUACACCAUGCAGCAUGAUAUCUACAGUCUUGGGGUAUGUCUGCUUGAAAUUGGGCUUUGGGAAUCAUUCGUGAGCAAGGAAGGGCAUGGGAGCCCUUUGCUGGCUGGUUUUGAACAUGAUCCUUCGGCAUUCAUUGGAGAACGGUCGAUGAAGGAUCAUUUCACGACACUUGCGAGAGAAAAAUUACCUAUCAGGAUGGGAGAGAUGUUUACAGAGGUGGUCGUCAAUUGCUUAACAUGUAUGGAUGAGACGAACGAAGACUUUGGCAAUCAGAGCGAGUUCGAGAGCUCGGAUGGUAUUCUGAUUGGGGUCAAAUACGUCAAAAAGGUAAAGUGCACACGGUGA